AUGGCAGCAUCAGCAUUUUCAGAAAGAUACCUUGGUAUUCCAUCAAAAGAGGAAAAUACCUAUCAGGCAUCCAGUGUAUUACACAAUCUUCAUGGUUUAAAAGAAGCAAAUCUGUUAAUAGUUCAUGGGACAGCGGACACUAAAGUCCACUUCCAGCAUUCAGCAGAACUAAUUAAGCAUCUAAUAAAAGCUGGAGUUAAUUACACUAUGCAGAUCUACCCGGAUGAAGGUCAUAACAUUGCUUCUGAGAAAAGCAAAUACCACCUUUACAGCACAAUCCUUGGUUUUUUUAGUGCUUGUUUAAAGGAGGAGACACCGAUUUUACCACAGGAACCUGAAGAGGAUGAAUAAGGAAGCCUAUUUGUGUAGUACUGAAGGGGACUAACUUUGCGGCUCAAUAAAACCUUAAAGUGACUGUGAGAUUGCAGAUUCUGCAGAAGCUCAAGGGCAGCUAAAGGAUAUCACAGUGGAACAGCACAUUUACAGACAAUGAGCUAAUAAACUGGAAUUUGACUACAAAGUCCAGACACAUUACCAAGGGACAAAACCUUUACCUUUGUGGAAGGUCAACAGUUGGUUACAGUUUCCUGGAAGAACUUAGUUUUGCAUAAGUGUAGGGUUAGUGCAUGUUUGUUAUGUUAAGCCUCACUGUUGAUUCUGUAAGUGGUUGCUUGUUUUUCAUUUAAAUGCACACAUCUUUAUUCAUCUUUGCGUAAUGCACAACCUAUCGUAAGUAUUAUGGCCACUAAUAUUUAAAAGGUGAGCUGCAAUCUAACACUUCACUGUAAUGUUACAAUAAGUGCAAUUCUUCUGCUGUCUAUUACCCAUAAGAAACCACAGAGAUAAUAAAGGGCACGAUAUUUUCUCUAGUUUCUGCUCCAGGGGGAUAUAUUGUCUAUUGCAUCAUGUACACUGAUAUGGAAAAUGUUUUUUUUUUCUUUCCGAUUUUGGCAUUUGCUAUUACUGUACCCCCUAGUAACCACUGAGGAAUUAUUUGGUAGUGUAUUCUUGGUCUUUAUGUAUAUACUCAAGACUCCCUAAGCAGAAAAUGUUUCCGAGCUUGAAGAAUUUUUUUGAGACACAAUUAACAGCUGUAUUUAGAACAUCUGCAAUUGAAAUCCUUCCCCAGUCCAAAAUGUAUCCAUUGUUUCCUUGAAGUAUACUUGAGUUGUGUUUUGGUAUUGUUUAUAGUAAUUACUAGUUUUUCUGGUUACAUUCUAAUUUUAGAAUAUGCUACUUUGUCACCUGUAAAUUAGAUACAUAAAUAUUAUAGUUUCAGAUAAAGAAAAUUUAUUUACAAUGUGUAAUGCCAUUGACUAAUAAUUUACUCUUCAAAUGAAAAAUUA